CCAUCCACCAAAGAAAAGAAAACUCCCCAUAGCCGCUACCGCUUUACCCUCCUCUUCCAUCCAUAUUCCUUUCACAACCAAAAUCGGAGUCCCACUCAGCUCAACUCAACUCAACUCAACUCGCCGGAAAACUCAAUCUAACUCCACCAUCACAUUAUCCAGAAGUAGAAUCAAUGGGAGCUGGUCGUGAAGUAUCAAUCUCAUUAGAUGGUGUAAGAGACAAGAACAUUAUGCAACUCAAGAAACUUAAUCUUGCUCUUUUCCCUGUUCGUUACAACGACAAAUACUAUGCUGAUGCUCUUGCUUCUGCUGAUUUCACCAAACUAGCUUACUACAGUGACAUUUGUGUUGGCGCAAUUGCGUGCCGGCUGGAGAAGAAGGAAGGUGGGCAAGUUCGGGUUUACAUCAUGACUUUAGGUGUUUUAGCGCCUUACCGUGGACUUGGUAUUGGAACAAGGCUGCUGAAUCAUGUUAUCGAUCUUUGCGCGAAGCAGAACAUUUCUGAGGUUUACUUGCAUGUGCAGACAAACAACGAAGAUGCCAUUAACUUUUAUAAGAAAUUUGAGUUUGAAAUUACAGAAACUAUCCAGAACUAUUACGUAAACAUCACACCACCAGACUGUUAUGUUGUCACAAGGCACAUAACACCUAACCCAACAAAGAAAUAACAUUUCUUUGGGGCAAGUUAUUUUGGGGCAAGUCAUCAGAGAUUGUUGCACUAUUUAUUGAAUUUUUCCAUGCAUGUAUUACACUAAAGUUUGCCAUUUUCAAUCCUAGAUUUUAAACAGUAAAAUUAGCCCCCCCAAAAAAAAGGCAAUUGGGGAUCUCUUUACUAAGGUACUAAGUUAUUCUAUCCAUAUCUUCCCCCUCCCAGGCCCCAGCAGCUAUCUUACAAAUUUGAGAAAAUAUUAUUGAAUUUUGAAUUUGGUACAAGAAUCUUUUG